UUUUUGACGCGCGUGUUUGGAGUGAUGCAAUUGGCGGUGUAAAUAAACUGGGUGUUUCCUAUGGAACCUAGUGUCUUCAAAGAUGCUAAGUUUUUCAUUAUUUCCUGUGAUGACAAAGAGGUGGUAGAUCUUUUGAAGUCGUCGGGUGCAGUUAGUCAUCCAUUUUUGUCAGAGAGUAUACGUUUCGCUAUAAGUGAUGAUCCGUCCCUCGCAGAAGUUGGGGAGGCAGAAGAACUUUAUGCUGUCCCGGUCGUCACUAGUCGUUGGGUAAAACUAUCCGCCGAGGCUCAAAAGUUUUUACCAUUUCGUCCUUUCCAUCCAGACUUUAAACAGAUAUUCAAAGGGACGAAAAUUACAUGUAGUGGAUUGGGUACAGCCGAUCGACUUGCAAUAUGGGCCCAUGUAGUUAUACAUGGAGGCGAAAUGUCUCAUUAUUUGGAUAAUUCUGUCACUCAUGUAGUUGUUGCCAAGGCAACUGGGAACUUCUAUGAUUAUGUGACUACGAUGUUGACAAAUGAUAGUACGGAUAGUGAAAGUAACACAAAGCCUGUCCUAGUCACACCUGAUUGGAUUGUUGAUUGUUUAGCACAGAAUAGUUUACUGGCGUGUGAAUCAUAUCAUCCUAAUUUACUAGUUCGUAGAACACCACCACCAUCACAAUUACCAUCACCAUCAUCUUCUAAACAGAUGUCUGUAAAACAGCAGCAACAAUUGAAUGAACCUAAAGAAUCUGAUAUGCAUAAAAAUAGUAAUAAUGAUAUCUCACUAAAUAGUUUAAUAAAGCAAGAAUCAAAUUUAAUUAUCAACUCUACACUGUCUGGUGGUGAUUUAAUGAUGAAUAAUAACCACAGUUAUGUUACAGUCGAUUCAACAUCUUCAACUGUUAAUCCCAAUAUAAACACAAACACAAUUACUACGAAUACUGCAAUUAGUAAUAUAUUGAAUUGCACAAAUAAUGUACAACAACAACAAUCAUCACAAAUCAUCACAAGUAAACAAAAUUUGGUUCAGAAUAAUCAAAUUAUGCAUACACUACAGUCAUCAUCACAACAGCUGUCAUCAGUAUUAUCAGGUGGAACAAAUGUGCAAGCGGCAACUGGUUUAAGUGUUCAGCAAAUUAAUAUGAGAGCUGUGGAGCAAAAGGCCAAAUAUGAUGGUGUGACACCAAGUAGGCCUGGUCGUGGAGGGCAUUCACGUGGUGGUGGCUCUGGUCGUGGUUCAUCUAAGAAAGCCACCCAAGAUCAAUCUCGAAGUGGUAAUCAACAGCAGCAACAACAACAACGUUUCUCAAUAUCGUCGCCUUUAGCGAAUCGUAAUCCAGUUGCUCAGAAUAUAGCUGCACCUCAGAGAUUCCCAGUGAGUGGUGCUCAAGGUAGUGUUAAUCAGCGUUUUCCAUCUGGUUUACCAAUCUACACUGAUCCUACUGUCCAACAAGGAAUGGUGCAACAAAUUACAGGCUCUGAUAUCAUCGGAAAUUCUAAUUCAUCAGGAUCCAAUUAUUCAGGAUGUAGUAUGCCAGGAAACCACACGAAUGUAAUACUAAGCAAUAGUUUUUUACCAAUUUCUGCAAAUAGUGCCAUUAGCAGUGGUGCCUUAUCGAUAACAACACCAACCACCAAUUUAAUAAGUAUUAGCAGUAAUAGUACAAGCAGUACUGGACAUCAUGCGAAGACUAGUAAAUCAAAGUCUAGCAAACAUAUGCAAGAACAAAAUUUAAAUGAAGAAGAAAAAGAUGCUAUUGUAAUGCAAAAUGUAAAAAACAUUUUAAGCCUACAACAUACAUGGAAUCGAGAAUCUUCUCAUGGUCGGGGAUCUUCUUCAGCAACUUCCUCUUCUGACAAUCAUUCUUCUAGUAACAAUUCUGGACAUGGUCAAAAUGGACCAAAUUCACUUUCUGGUCUACAAGGAGGUAAUUCUUCUAGUUUAGGAAAUCUUAUCACUUCUGGAUAUGGUGGGAGUUCAUCUAAUCUUGGUUCUUCUCAAACCUCUGGUAAUCAUCGUAAACCUAAAUCACCAAAAUCUCCUUGUCGUGCAGUAGGAAGUACUAUGGGUCAUAAGGUAUCUCCUAAAUCACCGAAAAAUGCUAAAGUUACUGGAAUUACUAAAACUUUACCAGCACCUCAUCAACAGCAUAUUCAACAGCAACAGCAGCAGCAACAACAGCAACCACAGCAACAACCGUCUAUAGUAAUGGCGGGUUGUGCUGGGUCAGCACUUCCUUCUGUCUUAUUAACUGGUAGUCUUCAACAAAUGCAGUAUCGACCGGCUAGUAAUAAUUCCCUGCAAGGCACGCCAUCACAACUUCAAAGAUCAACUAGCAUGCAGCAUUACUUAACUACAGCUACACUUGCAUCUCAUCAACCACAAUCAGCACCAGGAACGCCAGCGUAUAUUGUGCAAAGACAUCCAUGUGGUCAACUUGUUGCAAGUGUAUCUCAACAGUCUACACAUGGGCAAUUGCAUACACAGUCUUUUCCUGUUCAAAAUCCGUAUCAACGAGCUAGUGGUAUACUGACUGCUGUUAACACUUCUAAUUUGGGACAACAACAGCAUCAGCAGUCAUCACAACAAAACCAAGCCAGUGUUCAACAUUUUCAGCAUGCUGCACAAAUUCAACAGCCAACUUUAUUUGUACGUACUACUCGUCAACCAUACCAACAAAACGAAAAUAUAGAUGCACAACCUGACAUGGCUACUAUAAUUAGUUCAGAUGGUAGUGGAGAUAUUCUACUGACAAGUAAUCAUAAUCCACACCAACAUCAUAAUCAUAAUCCUCAUCAAAUAUCAGCUAGCAAUAUAAUCCAGUCAUCAUCAAAUCACUUAUAUCAGUCUAAUCAUCAAUCAGGACAUAAUUCAGCUAUUGAACAAACACAUUCGCAUAAUAAACAAACUGUUAAUUCACAACCAAUAACUCAACAGUUGUUGUUACAGUCUACUGGUGGAAAUGGUGGUGGUGGUGGUGGCAGUGCUACUAUUGGUGUCGGUAAUGGUAGUCAACUAAUUCAGAUUAAGUCGACAGCUUAUACUUCUCCAAUUCAACAAACUUUAUUAUCUGAAACAAAUCAUCAGCAACAGCAGCAUCAUAUGGUUGCAUCAGUUGCCAGUUCAUCUAUUAAUAAUUCACAGUCAACACCAGCAAUGAUAAUUGAUAACCGUACACCUCAUCAACAACAGAUGAUUAGUCAGUCAAACUGUAGUAUAACAACUACACCUACGUCGACACCACAUCAUCAUCAUCAACAACAGUCAGUGCAACUUCAUAUCGCACUGCAUUCACCAGGUAAUAAUACUAGUUCCCUCAAUACUGGUACACCUGGAGGUGGUGGUGGCAAUACCAGUGGAAAUCAGAUUAAAUCGUCACCAUCUAAUUUAAUAUCUCAACAUUCUUCUAUGGUAGGUGGUAAAAUGUCACAAUUACAACAACAAAUUCAAACACAAUCAUCACCUACCCGUCCGUCAGUGAAUAAUCGUCAGUAUGUACAACAGCAACCUCAACAUCAACAGCCACAAAUCCAACACCAGUAUUCUGCUUCGUUAGCUACACAUCCUGCACAACACUACCAACAACAUCAACAACAACCACAACAGCAAAAAAUUCAACUUUCACCUGCUACUGCAACUAUCCCCGCACAAUAUCAAGCAAUUCAUGGUUGUUAUACACCUCAACCACAACAAUCACAGCAGCAGCAACAACAACAACAACCACAUCAAAAUCAACAUCCUCAACAGAUUAUAUUUCAGUCACCAACUGGACAACAGAUAAUCGCUGCACAACAUCAAUCAGUGCCAAAUGCAUUUGCAAGAAAUUCAAAUAAUCCAACACCAAGUGGUGGCAUGCUUUUGCGUUCUGUUUUACCAUGUUCUGGUAAUGCUAACACACCUGGGAAUGGUUUCCAUCAAAAUCAGUCAUCUUUAGUAACUGUGAGUACAAAUCAGCGUCCUGUACCUCAAAUGACUAAUCGACCACAGACUAAUAAAGUUCUUUUUCAAACUAGUCCUACACCUCAGUCGAAUAACAAUAAUAUUUCUAUACAUGGAUUACAACAACAAGCAAUACAUCAGCAACAUCAGCAGCCAAUUCCUACUUAUCCUCAACAAGUUCAUUCAGGUGGAAUUAUCACAGGACAACAGUCGAAACCUAAUCAUCAGAUGGUAUAUGCUCAGUCAGCUGGUAGGCAAAAUACUCAGGUUAUUAUUGGUGAUUCAUCUUCUGUUAGUGUGAUUAAUGCUCCAAAUCAACAUCAUCAAACGAAUACAAUACAUUCACCAUAUCAUCAUGUAGCAACUCCUAAUCUAGUACAUGGUAAUGGUUUUGAUCACUCGAUUAGUCCACGUCCUACACAUCCACAAGUUGUACCCAUGCCAUCACAUAGUCAUUCUUCAACUGCUACCACUGUUAGCGCAAAUGUCCAAACACCACCACGUCCUAAUCAAAUACCUGUUACUACAGUUGUACAAUCUGUUAAUCGACAGAUUACGUGCAAUUCAACGCCUGGAAAUACACAAAAUACACCAACACUUAUGACACCUAUGCAGUUAACUCCAGCGUAUCAUGGCCAUGAUGGUAAUCCGUUGCCUUCUCGUCCUGAAGAAUGCUUAAUUGGUUGUGUUAUGUUAAUUUUGGGUUAUCGAAGUGUGCCUGAAUCACAGAAAGUUGUCUGGAGGCGGGUUAUGCGUUUACACGGUGCAGAAGUAGUUUUAGCGUAUGAUCCUACACGUGUUACUCACGUGGUUAUCGACUGUCAAUUAGAAGAACCUGAUGUAAUUAAACAGGCCUUAUUAGAUCAAAAGCGUUUAGUUACUAUUUAUUGGGUCAAUGAUAUCCUUGCAAAGGGUAGAAUGAUUCCACCAUUUGAAAUUCUACACCUACCAUCCCCAUUUUCUAAAGAAAUAACAUUUUCAUUUAUUCGUUCUCAGAUUAUAUCAUUGACUGGCUUUGAGGGCAAAGAUCGUCAGAAAAUUGAAGUGAUCAUACGUCAGAUUGGCGCCACUUUUACUGAUUACCUUGAACCAUCUAAUACGCUCUUAGUUUGUAAACAACCUUCAGGUAAAAAAUAUGAAAUGGCACAACUCUGGGGUAUACCGUGUAUCAAUAUGCGCUGGUUACAAGAUCUUUAUUUUGGUGACUUGCACACACUGUCAUUAGCAAUGCCUCAUAAAUAUUUAUGCUUUGAAACAUCUGAUGUGACAAUGUCAUUAGAACGAUGUACUCCACGUGUACAAGAUUUGAUGGUUGGAUGGCAGACACCGAUUCGGCUAACUCAAGAAGUAUGGAUACGUUCUACUAAAUUAUCUCAUGAUUUUGCAAAUGAAGAACGUGAGAGAAAAAGAAAACUUGAACUUGAAAACAAUAGUAACAACAGUCCUGCUAAGGUUAAAAAGUCCGAGUGCUUGUUACCAGCGUUGACUGAAGAGGAUAUUAAAAUUGCAAUGUCAUGUCGACCAAGAUACGAAACUCUUCUCCAAGAAGCUGAACAAAAACGUGAAUUGCUAGCUGCUAUAAAGAGUGCAGCUGCUGAAACAUCUGCAACUGGUGGCGGUGAUUCUCAAAAUACUAUCCCAGAAAAUGAAUCCAACCCUCCAGUUCCUCCUCCUUUAAUACCCACUAUUGCUACCAACGAUAAUAAUGGAACGCCAAAUAUGUCAGUUGAAACAGUUGAUGAUGACGAUGAUAAUAUCGACUCAGGAGUUACUACCUAUUCAGUAGUUAGUCAUGAGUCAAAAGUCAACAUCGAUGAUAAUGAGGAAUCAAGUCAUCCUUCAUGUUCUAUCACUUCUUCUACUGAACCUACUAAUAUUACUGUAGAAGUUGAUAGUUCACACGAUGUUAUAGCUAGUGAACAGGAUAUAUCGACAAUAAAAAUGGAUUGUCAUAAUUCUGUGUACUCUACUGCUCAAAAUGCUUCGAAUAAUGCUGAGAGUACAUGUGAUCUUGGUGAAAAACUCAAUUGUCUUAAAAGUGAAGAAGUUGAAAAAGAGAUUCAUUCACUUCAUGACUUGACCAAUCAGAAUAAUUCUGAUAAUCAUUAUCAUCAUCAUCAGGAAAUACAACAAAACACCUCAACAAUCGAUAGUUUCGAUGCAGAUUUAUCGUGUAAUACACUACAAACACAACCAGUCCCACCAAUUUCUGAAAAUAUACAAAAUCUGGGAAAUAUUGGUGAUGAUGUUGAUAAUGCUAGUAACAAUAAUAAAACUGUUAAUAGUGGUGUUGAUAGUACGAUUCAGAAUGUAACACUGCAAACAAAUACAAACUUGGAUUCUGUUCAACCGACAUAUUGUGAAUCAAAUAAUAACCGAAGUCAUGAUCAAACUGAAAAUGCUAUCGUCACUAAUAAAUGUGAUAGUAAUACUCCUAUUGGCAAUAAUAAUGAUAAUAAUAAUAAUGACACUGUCAGCACAAUGAAUAUUUCUGAUGAUAUCAUAAUGUCAACUGUAUCAUCAUCUGACAGUUUAUCUAACGACACUAAGAAUAAUGAAAUAACUGGGACAGUAGUAAAUAAGUCAAAUGAUCAAACAACUUCAAAAGAGGAUAAUUUAUCAAUUCAACAACCAGAUGUAGUCACCACCAGUACUACUAAUAUUACUUCUAGUGCCUAUACUUCUGCCAAUGUCACUGUUAAUCAUCCGAUGAUUAUUUCAGAUGAGAAUGAUGAAAAUAUUCAAAAUAAAGAUGUCGCUGACAUACCAUCAGAUCAAAUCACUUCAGCAUUAAUGACAACAAAAACAACGACAGUGACGCCUAGUAGUGAUUCAAAUAUUCAAAUAGAUCAAUCCAAUGAAGAUAUUGUUCGUAAGCGUUUAGCAACUAGCCCUAUAGAUAACGCUAUGGACUGUAAACGACGAGCAGUAGAGACAAAUCCAGUGGAUUCUACGUCAACUGUCACUAUGGACAUUUGUUCUAACAGUUCUACUUCUAACAUAGGCAGUAAUGUACUAGAUGAUAAAUCGUCCAGUGAUAACUGGAAAGGAGAUGUUAAUGAUGAUAAAUAUGAUAACAUUAUUCCUGUCAGUAAGACUGAAGAAAAUGCUGACGCUACCACUGAAUCACUCACUCGUAUGGAUGAUGAAGAUAUUGUGGAUGAUGUAAUCGCUGAAGAGUCUUCAUUGAAGAAUGCUGAUACUAGUGAUCGUAUUGUUCGAUGUGAUACAGGUUCAAAGAUUGAAUCUACAGAAAAAGAUACAAGUAAACUGCUACCACCUAUUUGUACAGAUAUAAGAAUUACAUUCACUGCAAUAGAUUUAGAAUCAAGACUAACACUGACAGAGUUAUGCUUACAACUGCCUGAUUGUAAAAUUGUUGAUUCAGCAGAAGAAGCUACACAUUUAGUCGCUAAUCGAUUGAUUCGUACACCGAAAACAUAUAUGGCAGUUGCUUUGGGAUGUUAUGUCGUUACACCGAAAUGGAUUCAAGCUUCUGUAAUGUGUGGUUAUUGGUUAGAUGAAAAACCUUGGAUAUUAUCAGAUCCAGAUUCUGAAGCUCAACUGGGCAUUGAUUUAAAGAAGUCAAUAAGUAUAGCGCGUAAACGUCAAAUGAUUGGACCUGAGGCUGGUCUAUUCGCUGGCUUAGAAUUUUGGUUUUCUCCUGGUGCAUGUCAUCGGGAAAUGUGUAUGGCGUUGAUCAGAGCAGGUCAUGGUAUAGUUCGUCAAAGGAGGCCAACACAAAAAAUGGCUUUGUUAGCACAACCGAAACAAUUGAUUAUCUGUCAUGAAGACGAUAGUCAUGUAGCCAAUUAUCUGAUGCGCACGAAGACAGGCAAUAAAGCUGUUCAUCAUGAAGAGUUUAUACUCAGUGGAACAUUACGUCAAGAGUUGGACUUUGAUGCAUACCAAAUUCAAUAUGUGAACGCAUUACGUAAUGGUCUUAAAGCUGCUGUUGCCGCGGCUGCAGCUGCAUUUUCUAACAGUAAUAAUAAUAAUAACACCGCCUGUAGCAUUAAUCCACCAAUUACUGUGAUACCUCCGCCUACAUCAUUGAGAUUUGGAAAUACUUCUUCUGUUCACAGUAUUCAUAAUGCUAUAAUUUUACCGCAAACAUCAUCUGCGUCGUCAGUUGAUGGAAAUAUUCCUCAUGGUCAAUUAGAUACUUCAACAGCUAUUCGUGAAGUUCACUUGUCUUCCCCUAUUAAUUUAAAUAAUUCCAAUCAACAGUUGAAUGUUCCUUCGUCCUAUCAGACUGUCAGUGUGUCGGCUGUUUCUAAGACUUCCCAAUCAUCUGUGCCCACUGAAGUUAAAUCUCUCUUGUCUAGCAAUAAUAAUAAUCGUAAUACUACCGAGGAUCCUCAUCCUUAUUCGCUUGUUUCCGCUUAUAAGUCCUCAAAUGAUACACAAUCAUUUUUAAAUCAUCCACAAAUAACUUCAUCUGAAACACCAUGCCAACCAGUUAUCAGUAGCACAAUUUCUCGUCUUGUGUCUGUCGUUCCCACGAUCACUAAAGCAGAUACAAACCUAAGUUAUCUUCUAUCAAGAUCUAGUAAUACAUUAGAUCAAAUCCCUACAACAAAUUUACCUAUUACAACUUCGUCGUUAUCAUCUUAUGCAUUGUCGUCAACAGUCUCACCAACUACUCGGACAUCAUCACAACCGCAACAGUCACUGUCGGCGUCACGCCAAGAUUUUGUUAACAUUCAAUCAGAGUCAGGAAUUACUGGUCUCUCUCAUAGUGCCUCAUCUAAAUCAAUAUCAGACUUAAUUAUAUCAGUUUGUACAAUGGAUGCGUGUGUAGUAACCAAUCCAUUGCUUUCAAGUAGUAAUAAUAAUAAUAAUGGUAGCACUAGCAUGCUUCCGCCGAAGUCAUCUGUUACCGCCUAUAUAUCUGGUCUUGACAACAACACUAGUAAACGACAUAUAAUUGGAAGUAAUCGUUCUAGCAGUUUACUGUUAACUGGUGUUAAUCCUGUUUCUGACACAUUUUUAUCUUCAAUACCCAGUCAAGAUAUGAGACAAACAAUUAUACAUCGUCCAGUAACACCGUUAACAGCAAUGAUUGUAGCAGCAGAAUCAGGAGUUGGCGAUCUAAUGAACCCAUUACCUAUUGGUGAUACAGAUGAUGCUAUCGGUUCAGUACCUACUUUUAUAAUACCAAAAUCCAAUAGUUAUCGAAGUCAAAUAUCAGGUGUAUCUGUUUCACCCUUACCUGUUAAUGCUUCUGUCAAUUUGAAUGCACGUAUAGCUGCAGCUGAUGCGAAUGCCGUAGCAAGUGCAACUGCUGCAGCAGCUAGUGCACUUAGUAGCAGUAAUAAUAAUAAUAACAGUAAUAGUGGUAAAAGCAGCAGUAGUAGUAAUAACACUGAUAUACUGAGUAAAACAGUUUUAGGAUUAUCAGUUUCAACGCCUGGUCUAUCAAUUCGAUCGCCUAGAAGUACUAUACUUACUAAUAAUCCAUUACAUCCUUCUGAAUUGAUUGAUACAUCAUCAAGACAUAUAUUAACUAAUAUUCAACAAACCUUAACAAAACCAUCAUCACAGACACCAUCGGCAGAUGUCACUUCAUUGGAUGUAGUCAAGACCUUUAUCAAAAGUCAAGUUGACGGUACAGUUCAUAGUUCCAAUAUCGACUGUGAUACUACCAUUACUGCUAGUAAUAAUAAUAAUAUGACUACCACCACGUCUACUGUUAUUGAUAAUAAUACCAACAAUCGUAUCAUUAUUAGUAGUACCAGUAAUGUGGAUAUAACUACAUCGACUGACAGUUUCGUCAAUUGUGGAUCUAUUCAGCCUUUUUCUUCUGGACAACAGUCUUCUAAUAUAUUAAUUUCUACUUCAGUAUUGAAUACAAAAGAUGAUCUAGUUAAUUUUUCAAAUUCAUUUACUCCGCAAAAGAUGGAUACAACAUCAAUAACAACAACAACCGCUCCAAUAACAUUAGAUCUGUUCAAUCCUUCCAAUCUCUUAGUUUCUGAUGGAUCUGGUUACUUUACGACAAACUCAACCAAAUCAUCACCAACUUCAACAUUAUGUUCAUCUAAUUCAGACGUUUCCAUAUUGAAAGAACAAUCGUCUGAUUUCCUUUCUGUAACUGAUUUCAAAUACGAAAUCAAUAUUAGCCGAAAUACUUCCAUAUCAAAUAGUAAUAAUAAUAAUAGUGAAAAUGCUGAUAUUUAUAUUUCCAAUGUAGAUACUACUAAUACAAAUACUACUGUUACAUGUACCAGUAAUAAUGACAAGUGUAACAGUAUUAUUUCCACAACCCCUUUAACUGACGUUUAUUAUCCUCACCUAACUAAUGAUAAUACGUAUGGCAGCAAUAAUACACUUACAUUUGAAUCAGUCGCUUCUGAUAUACAAUUAGUUACUUCGAGCACAACACCCUCAUCUUUAUCUUCAUCAUCCUCGUCGACAUUGGUGACAUCAGCACCAAUGAUGUCCUCAUUAUCAACAACAAACACAACUACUCUAUUUGAUGAUCAUAUAGGCUGAGAAAAUACGAUCAUCAGUCAUACUCAACUACGUUUCAGUAAUCUUCUAAUUGUGUAUGCGAUCAUUGUACUUUACCACAUCUUGUAUACAUUAUACUACUACUACCACAGCUACACUAGCAGUAGUAGUAGUAUUAAUGCUACCAUGGCUUACCACAUAGUAAUUCAUUUUGAAAUAAAAGCUCAAUUGUCUUUUCCUCCCCCGCCUGUUUUUUAUUUCUUUUCAUUGAAUCCAUUGUCUUUCUUUUUUUGUUCCAGUUGUGUAUUAUAUUUAUACAUCUACAUAUAUUACUUAUAUUGUUACUUCUCUACUGUCUCAUGUUGCAAUCCUGUUGUAAUUGUGAGUCUGUUUUUGUCUUUUGUUAUCUUUUUAAUGAUGUGUUGUGUAUGUGCGCACGUACCGCUCACACUAAUAGUUUAUCUUUCCUACAUUAGUUUCAGAGUUACCAAUGCGUCUGUGUAAUCUCUCAGUAAAAUGUGUAGUUUAUUCACCUUUUCUUCCCUUCUACUCUCUGGUGUAAUUACUCAUGUUUAAAAAGGGCGCACUCUUUAAUUCCGUUUUGUUUUAUUUUACUGUUUGUUUUGCUUUUUCUUUCCUUUGUCAUUCUAUUUAUUUUUUUUAUCGCUUAUCCAUUCAGUCCUUGUUAUGUGUAAUACAUAUAUUGCCAAUGGAGAAAAGAGUAGACAGUUGAAAUGCACAGCAGACUUUUUAUUCUUUCUGUGUAUUUACUUACUCGUAUACAUUUAUAUAUGCAUGUUUUAUUGCACACGUAUGAAUAAUAUAGUAUCACUCUGAUCCCCUAUGUUUUAUUCUCCUUCUUUCUUUUUAUGAGUUGGUUUGUUCAUUGUUAUCCCAUAAUAUUUUGUACAUUUGUUUUUUGUGUGUGUGUGUGUGUGGCCAAUUGUCCUCCUGAUGUCCCCUUUCCCCUCUUGUAUGCUGUCCUUAUCACUACUACUCUGACCGCCAAAAAUACCCCCCCCAGCUGUUUUAUUUCUCCUUUGCAUAUCUCUCUUUAAUUUGUUUUGUUCUUUGAAAGUAAAUUACUGCACAUAUUAUACACCACAUGUAUGUAUAGUAAGUAAAAACAUAUACACAAUAUAUUUAUAUUACCAAUUAAUAUACACGUAUUUUUCUUAUGGAAUGUAAUAUAAUAUAGAGGGGCUACUUCACUUAUCAUUGGUUUAAUUGGGAGGAGGGGUUGGCAUCCCUAAAUGUGUAACGGGAGAAGAAGACAUGAGACAU